AAUUGUAUUUUAACUAUACCGUAUAAAUUUUUAGUUAAAGACCUCUCAUAUCAGAAAUACUUUUUUGUAAUGUAGUAAGUAUCAGCUAGUCGAGAACUCUAUUUAAGCCCUUGCAUUUCCCUUGCAUAUCCUUCACACUCUAUACAAAGAGUUUAGCAUCUAAAUCACUAGUGAUGGAAUUUAUGAAUAUGGUAACUAGCAUUUGGGUUGUUACAUGGGUUUUAGGCAUAUUGCCAUUGCUCGGGUGUUAUUUGUGGUGGUGUAAUGAUCUAUCGUACCGUCUCAGACUUAAACUAAUAAAUUCGAGCAGAGGAGCCAACGCGAAAACUGGCACCGACGUGAUCAAGCUACCUCCGGGCCAUAUGGGACUCCCCUACUUGGGAGAGUUGCUUAGUUUUCUCUGGUAUUUCAAGAUUAUUGGUCGCCCUGAUGACUACAUUAACUCGAAAAGACAGAGGUACGGGGAUGGGAUUGGGCUGUACAGGACACACCUGUUCGGAUCACCGGGAGUCAUAGCAUGUAAACCAGCUGUGAUCAAGUUCAUACUGCAAAACGAAACACAGUUCAAGAUCGACUGGCCAAGCGUUUUGCUUGUAGGGGCGACUUCAUUAGUUGCCGUGCAUGGGGCCUCCCAUACUAGGCUCAGAAGCUUCGUCUCCAGAGCCAUUAACCUGCCUCAAUCUCUUCGUCGAAUAGCAAUUAUGGUCCAGCCACGUAUCGUAGCAGCCCUGCAUACUUGGUCCAACCAGGGUACAAUUGGUGCUCACCUAGAAGCCAAAAAGGUAACAUUUGAGAACAUUGGCAGUUUUUUCGCUAGCCUUGAGCCUGGACCAGGUCUGGACACCCUAGAUAAACUGUUCACAGGGAUUCUUAAAGGCAUGAGAGCCUCUACUGUCAAUGUUCCCGGAAGUGCUUAUCAUCAUGCUCUUCAGUGUCGAGAAAAAGCCACAAUGAUUUUCAGAAAGGAGCUAGAAAAGAAGAGGAAGAAGAUGAGUGAUGGUGUCGAAAAUGUCACAAACGAUUUGAUGGACGGAUUGAUUCGUAUGAAGGACGAGGAAGGGAAAGAAUUGAGCGACACAGAGGUUCUUGACAACAUUGUCAGUCUUGUUAUUGCAGGAUACGAGUCCACCUCUCUUGCAAUUAUGUGGUCUUUGUAUUAUCUUGCUAAAUAUCCCAAUGUUCUCCAGAAGCUUCGGGAGGAGAACGCGUGCCUGCACAAACACAAGAAUGGGGAGCCAAUUACAAGCGAUGACAUUGCUACGCUAAAAUAUACCAACAAGGUUGUGGAAGAAACAAUAAGAAUGGCGAAUAUUGCAGCAUUCAUAUUUCGAGUUGCAACUCAAGAUGUUGAGUAUAAAGGUUAUACUAUUCCCAAAGGAUGGAAAGUGAUGAUGUGGGUUAGAUACCUCCAUACCAAUCCAGAAAACUUCGACGAUCCGAUGUGCUUCAACCCCGACAGAUGGAGUGAACCAGCAAAACCAGGAACCUACCAAGUUUUCGGAGGAGGAUCCAGAAUUUGUGCAGGGAAUAUGCUAGCCAGAUUACAAGUAGCCAUCUUUCUGCAUCAUUUAUCAAUCGGAUACAAGUGGGAACUCAUCAAUCCUGAUGCAAAGAUGGUUUAUCUUCCUCAUCCCAAACCCGAGGAUGGCGUUAUGAUCAGCUUCAGCAAGCUUUAAGCUGUUCCGUCGCGUACCGAAUUGUAGUCGUAUGUGUUUUUGAAAUAAGAUUUGAUAGGAAUUUACCGGAAGGAAUGUACUUUUCUAAACGAUCCUGUAAUGUUUAAAGCUUGUUACAUGUAGCUGUGGAUAAAAAAAGUUUUUAUUAUAA